UUGGGACUCCAAUUUUGAACCCAAUCGCAUGCCGACCAGGCGGCCUGAGCAGCUUCUAUCUGUAACAGAAAACCGUUACACCGCCUUCACUUGGUCUUCUUCCUAAAUUCUCUCCUUUCUUCAACUCUUCAGCGGCAUCGCGAUUUUACCACCGAAUUGUUCUUCUUCGGUGAAGAUGAGCACCAUUCUAGCUCUCCGACCACUUUGUUAUUGCGGAUUAUUACAGAUAAAUGGCGAAUGUAGAACGUCUGUGACGUGUCCGCAUUCUACGGCUGAGACGUUAGGGUUUAUGAAGCUUUUUGGAAUCAAUGUGAUCGGAUUAGAUCACAGUCGUAGAAGUUUGAGCAUGUAUGGUAACAGCGUGAGGUCAAACAUCUUCAAGCCGAUUAAAGCGGAGAAUGACUCUGGCGCGUCUUUGGUUAAUGAUUGUGCUGAAUAUUCUGGUAAUAAUAUCGGCCAGAUGUCAAAUAUAGGGAAAUCGACAAACAUUUUGUGGCAUGGAACUCCAGUUCAGAAACAUGAUAGACAAAGGCUACUUCAGCAAAAAGGCUGUGUCAUUUGGUUAACUGGUCUUAGUGGAUCAGGGAAAAGCACUCUAGCCUGUGUUUUGAGUCAAAAUUUGCACUCCAGAGGAAAACUGGCUUAUAUCCUUGAUGGGGAUAAUGUUCGGCAUGGUCUAAACAAAGAUCUUAGUUUUAGAGCUGAAGAUCGUUCAGAAAACAUACGAAGGAUUGGUGAGGUAGCAAAACUCCUUGCAGAUGCUGGUGUUAUUUGCAUUACGAGUUUAAUAUCUCCGUACCGAAAGGAUAGGGAUGCUUGCCGAGCACUACUUUCGAAGGGAGAUUUUAUUGAGGUUUUCUUAGAUGCGCCCCUAGACUUGUGUGAAUCAAGGGACCCAAAGGGACUCUACAAGCUUGCCCGAGCUGGGAAGAUAAAAGGUUUCACAGGAAUAGACGAUCCAUAUGAACCACCAUCUAGUUGUGAGAUAGUAUUACAGCAGAAAGGAAGUGACUGUGCUUCUCCGGGGGACAUGGCAGAAAGAGUGAUAGCAUAUUUGGAGGACAAUGGUUACCUGCGGGCCUAAGGGGCCUUCCUUUCUUGUUUGUUACUGUCAUAAUAUUUAUUUGUAAUAUUGACUGCAGCAAUAAAGCUAGCUGCAAGGAAAUAACUGUUUCCCGCAA